GUGGUAAAACUAAUAAAACCCUAUAGAAACAAAACAAAAGCCUUUUGCAAACCUCCUCACAUCUCUCACCAUUCUUAUCUCACAUCAACAAUGGCGAGGAUAGCAUGCCACCAUAUCUCUACACUUCCAUUGAAGUCCUCCUUCAUAACACGAACUCCUUCAUUAUUCUUGCCGGAAACAUCUCUUCCGGUAGCCUUCCGCCGCCGUUUCUCUUCCAAAAUAAGCAUGAGCCUCAAAGCCGGAAUCGUCGGCCUCCCUAACGUCGGCAAAUCCACUUUAUUCAACGCCGUUGUUGAAAAUGGAAAAGCUCAGGCUGCUAACUUUCCGUUUUGUACAAUUGAACCGAAUGUUGGAAUCGUUGCUGUUCCUGAUCCACGUCUCCAAGUACUCUCUAAUCUCAGCAAAUCUCAACGGUCGGUUCCAGCAUCUAUCGAAUUCGUAGAUAUUGCUGGCCUUGUGAAGGGAGCCAGUCAAGGGGAGGGCUUAGGUAAUAAAUUUUUGUCACAUAUACGUGAAGUGGAUUCCAUACUUCAGGUUGUACGUUGUUUUGAAGAUAACGACAUUGUUCAUGUGAACGGGAAAGUUGACCCCAAGUCAGAUAUUGAUGUCAUCAACUUAGAGCUAGCUUUCUCAGAUUUAGACCAGAUCGAGAAAAGAAUAGAGAAACUCAAAAAGAGCAAAACUAGUAAUUCACAAGUCAAAGCUAAGGAAGAAGCCGAAAAGUCAGCCCUAGAAAAAAUACAAGCGACACUAAUGGAUGGAAAACCAGCAAGAUCAGUGGCUUUAACAGAUUUUGAAAGGGAAUCUAUACAACAUCUCUGUUUACUUACAAUGAAGCCCGUGAUUUAUGUGGCAAAUGUUGCGGAGUCUGAUUUAGCUACACCUGAAAGUAAUUCGUAUGUGAAUAAUGUGAAGGAACUUGCUUCUGAAUUAAAGUCUGGCAUAGUAACUGUCUCAGCACAGGUGGAGUCAGAGUUAACUGAACUCCCAUUAGAAGAAAGAGCGGAAUUUUUGACGUCUCUUGGUGUGGACGAGAGCGGGCUUGGAAAUCUUAUUAGGGCGACGUAUAACCUUCUCGGCUUACGUACAUACUUCACUUCUGGAGAAAAGGAAACUAAAGCAUGGACAAUACAUGCAGGAAUGACUGCACCCCAAGCUGCAGGGGUUAUCCAUUCUGAUUUCGAGAAAGGUUUCAUUAGAGCAGAGACGGUGGCAUAUAACGAUUUUGUUGCUGCUGGUUCAUUGUCAGCUGCAAGGGAGAAAGGACUUUUGAGGUCUGAGGGGAAAGAAUAUGUUGUACAAGAAGGCGAUGUUAUGUUGUUCCGGUUUAACGUCUAAUGAUGUUGGAGUAAACUAUAAAUUUUUGCCUCGCACAGUUAUUAAGUCGUUCAACAUACAAUUUUCUUGAGGUAAGUUUCUCGCAUGCGAUACACUUAAUUCAUUUUCAAAAAAUGAUUUAUUUAUAUGAAAUUACAAAGCAAGGAACAAGUCAAGGGGUUAUUCCUUUAUAGACAAGGAACACUGUGAUGAUGUUGAGGUGGCUGAUUUAAGGUUUUUGAUAUAAAUAGAUACAACUUGUUGAUGGUAUCAAUUAUAUACUGUUAGUAGUGGUUUGUUGCCAUUA